CGGAUGCAGAGGAUUAGGCAGCAUGAUCAAAGUGGAAACUGUGGCACUGAAACAUGUGGUUCAGCUCUCAUGCUGUUCUUACCUUUUCCUGUAUCUUUUCCUCUUUCCGCCGUAACUCAAAUUCGCCGCCGCCGCUUCUCCACCAGCAUCUUCGUGAAAAGCGGGGAAUUCUUGUUCUCCUUUGGAAUAAUUUCUUAGUUUUUGCUGUUUUGAUCAGUACGCUGCAUUGGUUGUACGAUUGAGGAGUUUCGGAUCAUCUCUCGAAUCUGUAUCUGAAUGGCGGCCACGAUUCUGCAUGGAGUUGGAGCUACGACGGCUCUCUCAUCGAUCAAUUACAAUAAUUCUCGCAGAUCGCUCCCAGAGAGGAAAAGAACUUCUCUUGUCAUUCAAUGUGAUGGAAGUUUGUCGUCUGGAUUGAACAUCAGCAAUAACAGGGGGGCGAAGUUGUCUACUAAUGCAGUUGCACAGACGAAGCAAGAGAAUGUAACAGCUUCUACUACAUCCAAGCCCGGGCAUGAACUAUUGCUUUUUGAGGCUCUCCGUGAAGGGCUGGAAGAAGAGAUGGAACGAGACCCCCAUGUUUGUGUUAUGGGUGAAGAUGUUGGCCACUAUGGAGGCUCAUACAAGGUGACAAAGGGCCUGGCUGACAAGUAUGGUGAUCUCAGAGUCCUCGACACACCCAUUGCAGAAAACUCAUUCACUGGCAUGGGCAUUGGAGCUGCCAUGACUGGAUUGCGCCCAAUUGUUGAGGGAAUGAACAUGGGUUUUCUCCUUCUGGCCUUCAAUCAGAUCUCUAACAACUGUGGCAUGCUUCACUACACAUCUGGGGGCCAGUUUAAAAUACCAAUAGUCAUCCGUGGACCUGGCGGUGUUGGUCGACAGCUUGGAGCAGAGCACUCACAGCGCCUGGAGUCAUAUUUCCAGUCUAUUCCUGGGAUUCAAAUGGUGGCUUGCUCGACGCCUUAUAAUGCCAAGGGUUUGAUGAAAGCUGCUAUUAGAAGUGAUAAUCCUGUCAUUCUCUUUGAGCAUGUCUUACUCUACAAUCUAAAAGAGAGAAUCCCAGAUGAAGAGUAUGUAUUGAGUCUUGAGGAAGCUGAGAUGGUCAGGCCGGGCAAGCAUGUCACAGUUCUAACAUAUUCUAGAAUGAGGUAUCAUGUUAUGCAGGCUGCUAAGACUCUGGUGAAUAAAGGAUAUGAUCCCGAAGUGAUCGAUAUCAGAUCAUUGAAGCCAUUUGAUCUUCACACUAUCGGGAAUUCGGUGAAGAAGACUCACCAUGUGCUCAUUGUUGAAGAGUGCAUGAGAACGGGUGGAAUUGGUGCCAGCUUGACAGCUUCAAUAAAUGAACAUUUCCAUGAUUAUUUGGAUGCUCCAAUUGUGUGUUUGUCAUCUCAGGACGUGCCAACUCCGUAUGCUGGGGCUCUGGAGGAAUGGACUGUGGUUCAACCUGCACAGAUUGUUGCCGCUGUUGAGCAGCUCUGCCAGUAGUACCUAACAUCCAUUCUUUAUUGUUGCUAUUGCCAAAUUGGUUUGUUUGGAGUUGCUUUUGUUAUUCUUAAGAUCUGUGCUGUUUCAGUAUGCCAGACGAACUUUGUAGUUGUCUUUUCUCUUUCUAGCUGGUAAAUUGAUAUCAGAAGAGGUGUUGUACAUGAAUUCCCUUUGCACUCGAAGUACAUGUCCGAUGAGUCCCUGCACUAUUAAAUUGCAUUUGCUGACUGGUGCAGUUUACGUUGAAAGAGAGACUAGCAUGAUUCUUGCUAA